UGACUCAUAGCCCCACCAAUAAAUAAUUACCUAAAACGUUACUAAUUAUUAAUAAAAUUAAAUCCAUCGGUGACAGUAAAGCCAAGAAACCUAAUCCUCACACAACAAACAGAUGAAUUCCCUCAAGUCAAAAGGUUUUCACAAAGCGUAGGAUCAGCCCAGUUUCUGGCUUGGAACAACUUAAUUCUUUUCUAAAUGGCUAAGAAGAAACCUCCACCAUUUGUGAUCCGUGAUCGUAACACGAAACCGUCUGGUGUACUCAAAGCUCAAGCUAUGAGAGGAUCGUCAAGCAACACUCACACAACGUCUGUAACAAAAUACAAAAACAGGUACAUCAACGCAUAUACCUUGCUACGAAGACUAAAGUCUAUGAAAUAGGCGGCCCAUAAACAUGAAAUUUUUAAAUCAUUCCCAACAUAAACCUUUUUCUGACAAAAUAAAACUAAAUAUCGCAAAACAUAAAUCACACGACCCACCGGUUAAUUGUCCACGACACACUUUAUCAUAACAUAAAUUUUUAAAAACACACUAACACAUAGGUAUUCAUGUACACCACCUCAACUCAACUCACACAAACUCAUUUCAUUCUCAUAUAUACUUUUCUAUUUUAGUAACAAAGCUGUAGCUCUGAGAAAUUAAUAAGAAACAAAGUAAUUGAACCACAAUCAAUGAUUAUUACAUAAUCAAAACAAAUAUUUAGACAAGAAGAUAAAAUAUAAAAUUAUAUUAAAAUAAAACAAUAAAAAUAGCAAAAGUAUAUAAUAUAAUUUAAAAUACAUAAAUUUUAAGAAAAAAUAAAAUAUAUUUCAUAAAAACAAAAAAGUAGAGUAAUCCAUUUAUUAAGUAAUGUAUCUCAUGGAUUUUUCUCCUUUUAAUGGUCAUAAAACCCAAGUUAAGAAAAAUCAAUAAUAAAUUUCUUGAAAAUCACAAAAAAUAAUACAUAAUUAAAACUAAAUUGCAAAAAUAGUUGUAAAUUUUUUUUAAAAAAAAAUUGUACACGUAGAUUUUUUUUCAAAUAAUCACAAAUAGUUGUGAUAUAAAGCACAACUAUAAAUUUAUUGAAUCCAAAAAAAUAUUUUAAAAUCUAUCCACUUUGAGUUUUUAAUGAACUAAGACAACUUCUAAAUCAAAACUCAUAUAUCACUAAUAUCCUUACAAAUAAAACACAAUAAAAAACUAUAUAAAGGCAGUAUAAAUCAAAUGUAAAAUACUUUAAGAAAAUACAUAUAAUUCUCAUCAUUUUAACGUCCCUAUUGCAAAAAUGGUCAAUCUAAUAAAAUAGUGAGAUUGUGCUUAUGUUAAUCAAAUAAACACACUAAUGAAUUACAAUAACUAAGAUAAAAAAUGUGAAAACAUAUAUUUGAAUGUGAGAACAAAUGUUUGACAAAAAAAACAAAUUACAUUGAUUUAUAAACAAUUAUUAAACAAUAAAACUAAAAAUAACACUAGUAAAUUAUAAUCUGCAAUGGACAACAAGCCUAAAUCAAAGUCAAUUAAUUCCAAGAACUUAUAAUCAACACUGAAAAAGUCUGAUGCGUUUGCAACGUACAGCAUUACCGCUGAUACCAAAAGUCUGAUGCAUUUACACAAGUUACUGCUGAUGCCUAAUUUUACACAAACGAAUCAAGUGAGUUAUGUGGUGGCGUGUUAUAAUUUUUUUCAAAAUAUUAAACUAACAAAUUCUUCACCUAUAUCCCCUCUAACUGUUAUUAGUAACUUAAUAGAUAAUUUAUAUACAUACUCCGUGGUACAUACCUUUUUAAGAGUAAGAACUAAGAACAUAACUAUAAGUCAUACUCAAUAGUCAGUACGUAAAUGUAACAUAUAGAAAAAAUCCUUUAUUAGUAACAUAUGGAGAGAAAGAAAUCAGAUCAAGCAUGGCGACACUACAAGGGGAGGAGGUAAAGAUAGCAUAAGAAGAUAGCGUUUUGGUCGAGAAUGUUAUCUUUGACAUAACUCAUAAUUUAAGAUAGCGUUUUGUUACCUCGAUGUUACAAAAAAUCGCAUAUAUAAUAUCAUUGUACAUUAAAACGCUAUCUUUACUGAGGCGAAAAAAUGAUUGGUUUUCCCUCUUACCUUUAUUUCAUUUUCCCUCUCAUUUUAUUCUUUAAAUAUUUACAUAUAAAAGAAAGAAAAUUUUUUAUUGGUUGAAAGUAAUACACAAGGAUUGCAAUCUCUAUCCUUAAUUGUUUUUAAUCCAAAGGUGGAGAUUGUGUUUUAAUUUGUCCUCUCCUUUUGACUUCUAAACACGACGACAGAGAGAUAUGAGAGAUUGCAAGGGAAGAAGACAGAGACCGGCCUGAGUUCGUCGCCUUCGUCACCGUCUGAGUUCGUCGCCGUCGACCUGUCUCUACUCCUCGUGACUUUGUUCUUCCGGAAUCCGUACUUCUCCUGAGAACGCUCCUCUCUCCUCUGCAGCCGAAUCCAAAACCAACACUCGUCUCUCUCUCUCUCUCUAUCUCUCUCUCUCUCUCUCUCUUCAAUUUCACUAAACAACAGAUCUGAAAAAAAGGUCCUUAGAGUUUGUAUCUUUAUGGAGGUCUGGUGCUUCCUCUUCAAAGAACAGAUGAAAUCCACAUCCCAAACCCAUCUUGGAUGCAAUCUCCUUCCUACGAAGAGGCUUGGAACGAGCCACAUAUAUGGUGAAAGUUGCUUUUGGAGGUGUGGAUUCUGUGAGUUAGCCACCACGUCAAAACCUGACCGUAGCAAUGAGCAGACAAGAACCUCAAAUGCUCUUGCACUCCCAUGUUCUAAGAGUACCCAAAAGGGUGUGACAGAGAAUGCUCUUCUUGUUGGUCCAACUUUACACCCAAAGGGCUUCUGUGUGCUAAGAGACAUAAGAUGCUGGAAGACAUGGAAAAGGACUUUGAAGAUGGACAAGAGGCAGAUAAGCUUGAUGGAGGAGGAGGUAGCAAAAGCGGUGGGUCGUUAGCCUCAGGAACAUUAGGUUUAGAGUGGAAAAGGUACAAGCUCCUGUGUGUGAUUGGAAGAUGGCGACGUUGGAGUACUGGUUGUGACGGCGUCGGUCGUGGUGUGGUGCGGCGCUAGAAGAUAGAACUUUAGGUAUAGAAUUUUAGGUGUAAGUUUAAUAUUUUUGAAAAAAAAUUGGUUUAGUUUGAUAUACCCGUCAUAAAUAUUCAUGUAACCAAUUUCGAUAUAUAAAAAUUUUAAAAAAUUUUAUUUGAA